CUGUGGUUCCGUCAACGUUAUUCCAGGUUUAUCAGCAUUUAGAUAGCCAUCACAACAGCACAGGAAGAUCUAAGCACUAUGCUAAAAUGGAAAGGCGAAAAAUAAACCGAGCAUAAAGGGAAAAAGUCGACUACAUUCAUUCCUGCCCUUACAGGUUUAGACAAGUUGAACACCAGCUGCUAAUAAAAUAUUCGUCGAUGCUAACAUUAAGGAGUGGUUUCAGCUCGUACGUGCGUAAAAUGCGCGGACAUCGAGCAUCGCGCACAUUAACAAGUUAACGAGAUCAACCAACUGUCAACCAGCGCGACUUCAUAGCAUGGGUCCGAGAAAAAUAAGGAAAAGGAAAAACGAGGAUUCUCUGGGAGGUGAGAAGGUGGAAAAGGACACAGAGGAGAAUGAGGCCGAGGAGAGAAGAGACAGGAGGAGGAAGGACCAUGGGAAUAAAUACAUUGGAGCUCAGGUUGGCAUACAAGGCGGGAUAUGGAAAGCAGUGGAGUCCUGUAUGGAGAUAGGUGGCAACUGUUUCGCCCUCUUCCUGGGCUCCCAGCGGUCAUGGAAAAGGCCUGCGUUGGACCAGACAGCUGCAGCAAAGUUUCGGGAGCAGUGUUCCCUUCAGGGGUUUGACCCGGCUCACAUCCUGCCUCACGGGUCCUACCUGAUGAACUGUGGAUCUCCUAAAGAGGAUGUGUUUGAGAAGAGCCAGGCCCUGCUGGUGGAUGAGCUCAACCGCUGCAGCCUGCUGGGCCUUAACCUCUACAACUUCCACCCCGGCUCCUCCCUGGGCACCAUCACCACCCAGCAGUGUGUGGAAAAGAUAGCGGGAGCCAUUAACCACGCUCACCAGCAAACGCCCACUGUGGUCACAGUGCUGGAGAACAUGAGCGGCCAGGGCAACACAGUGGGCGGAAAGUUUGCUGAGCUGAAGAGCAUCAUAGACAAAGUGAGAGACCAGACAAGAGUGGGAGUGUGUCUGGAUACCUGUCAUGCCUUCGCUGCAGGCUAUGACCUGGCUGCGGAGGGAGGAGUGAAGGCCAUGCUCGAUGAGUUUGAUCAGGAAGUGGGGCUUCAUUACCUCAGAGCCCUCCAUCUCAACGACUCCAAAGGAAAACUCGGCUGCAACCUUGAUCGGCAUGAAGACAUUGGUAAAGGUCACAUUGGAGUCUCUGCGUUCCGAGACAUCGUCAACGAGCCGCGACUAGACAACAUCCCUAUGAUUCUGGAGACACCCGGACGGACAGGAUUCAAAGAUGCUGAGCAGAUUGAGCUUCUUUAUUCCCUGUGCAAGAAUUAGUAAAUUAAAGCAACCUGCAAAACGGAAACCUGCAAAAUGACAGUUCACCUGACUGAAGUGUUUGUCCAAAGGGACCACAGUGAAUGUAUGAUGGAGCCUGUAGUUGGUUAGUUUGUUAGUCACAGUGUUAACAGCUUCAUCAAGGAAUGUGUUUUGUUUUGUUUUUUUUGUCUCUGUAUGAACAAAAGUUAAAUGAAUGUUUUUGCUCCAAUUUCUUAUUUGACUUGUGAUGAGUCGUCUUGUCCACUGUCGACCACUAGGGGGCGGCGGGAACACACAAAUCCAACACAAACCCGAUGUGCGGAGGUGAGACACAGAGUUGGAGAUAAAUGUAAAAGAAAAAGAAUCCAAUGUGUGCAGGUAUUUGCAUUUGAGAACCCCGUUUAUUUUGCAACAUAGUUAAAUCUUAAAAGGACCAAAUGCAGUCAGAGGUAUUUGCUAACAGUUCACUUCUCUUUAACUGCAAAAUACCACUGACUGUCCCUUGAAAGUUAGCAUACAUGUUUUAUAAACAUUUGUUGUAAAUGUUAUUGCAGUAGAAAUGUCAGAAUGUAUUUUUUUUUUCAUGCCUCAAGAAAUGUAAAAUUUUUUUACCUGUAUGAAAACUACAAAUUUAUGAAUUAUACAUUUAUGUAAAGGGAAUUUAACCUUUUAAGAAAUGUUGAUGGUGAUGUUGAACAUUUACAAAAAUUAUAAGAAGUAAACAUAUGGGACACAAUGUUUUACAAAAUUUCACUGGUUAUGUGACAUGAAAUCAUAUAUUCUGUGUGUAUAGUGACUCAUAGCUUGAUUUUUUACAUCAUUUUUGUUCUAAGUUACUCUUGGUUUUCGGAAUUAAAAGUUCACAGAAAUCAUCCAAGUCAAUCAGAAA